GUACAUAUUGUACUUAACGUCCGUGGCAGGCCUUCGGUAAAGGAGUCGUCGCCCUUCAGAAGGAGCACAGUCAGUUCUAGCUCUACUCGGAUAUAUCUUGCUGACUCGUACUGCGAUCGACGACAAUCAAUGCUCUUGGUUUAGCUCUAGCUCUAAGGUCAUGGAUCCAGGAAUCUCAGCGUCCAUGGGAAUUCAUUCCACCAAAUAGGUUGCCGGAUCAUUUGUAAGGUCCUUUGAAAGUUAGUGGGUGAUGCGGCGGCUUGGUAUUUGCCGAAUGGCAUUGCAGUGCUGCCCUUUUUAAGUAGGUGCUCUUUCUUCCUCACAGUGCAGGUUCGACGUCGUCGACGGCGCCGUGGAUUGUAUAUUCGCCGUUGCCUUAUGACUGAGUUAGUACCUGUAUUUGACAACACCCAGUUGGUUCGUUUACAGGCCUCUCGGUAUGUUAGCGCGGCUGGCUUAGUGGUUUUACUUUACGAUCAUCUUCUUACUUUUGGCGAUGAAGUGAGUUUGAUAUGGCCCGCCAAAUUCUCUCUGCCAAAGGUCCUAUUCCUCUUCAAUCGAUAUGUUGUCCCUAUAGCAAUGAUAAUAGAAACAAAUGGCUUCAGUGGUGUAGCAACUCCUCUUCUGACAGACAAGGUUUGCCAAGGCUGGACAAGUGCUAUAACGUUCAUUGGCAUGAUUUCAAUAGCAUCAGGGAACUUGCUUGUCUUAUUGCGACUUUGGGUUCUUUGGGAACGCAGUUUCUUUCUCAUUUGUUGGACGCUUGGUGGUUUCGUGGUCGCGCAGCUGGCAUCCAUUGCUUUGACGACAUAUACCGUCUUAAAUAUGAUUCCUGAACUUUCGUAUAACACUGACUUGCAUGCUUGUUUGUUUAGAGCAAAAAUCAAUUUCGCUGUAUUAUGGAUCCCGGGUGUUGGUUUAAACGAUGUUAUUUCUUUUACUGUUUAUUGAUUUCUUCAGCUGUAGAUCGCGUUUGAGGUCAUGAUAUUCUUGACCACAGUUUGGAACGCUUUUGAUCGUCCUCGUUCGGACGAGUCUCAGAUGAGCAGAGUUCUGUACCGUGACGGCUGUGUCUACUUUCUGGUUUUAUUUGGUAAGAAUCCAUAAUUUUUGUCUUGUUUAUUCGCGCCAUUUACAAAAUUCAGCGUUACGAAUUAUUAAUCUAGUCCUUGCAAUUACCGCUCCGCUAUCGUUGAUAUUUCUUGGUGUUUUUUUCAUUUGGUGUGCAACGAACGUCACCGUCACUCGACUUAUUCUCAAUCUUCGCCGACUGUCAUCGCCUGGAGAUACUGAGAUCAGUGGUUCUCCAGAUAUUCCAGAUAACCCGGCUGGCGCCAAUAGCAUCGUGUCCCAGGAGUAUGAGUUACAGCCAAAAGGCUCGCAAUCACCGAUAACAAAAUCCGCUUUUACGUGCUGAUCGCGAAUGGGAAAUAAUGCGCUCCGGUAAAUGUUGCCUUGAAAAGCUUUCUACUUGUAAAAUACUAGACGCCACACAUUCCUUGUAUUCUUGUACUUUACCUAUUUACAUGUGAUCAGCGACUAUAUGGAAGCUCCAUUGGUCGCUUGCAAUGGUCCUUGGUUGUGAAGUACAUAACGAUGGAAGCCUUUCUGGAUCAUGAAUGGAAAACGGAGCUGUCAAAUCGAUUCUCAGUAGAAACCGCUGUCAAUCUCAGUCCACCGCAAGAUAAAGUACCAAGGCUUAGUCCAGAAGUCAUCACAUUUCUUGAAGAACGGAAUAUUAACCCGGAUGAGCUGCUGAAGCAGCCUAUUGUGUGUCCUCCACCAGUUGACGAUUCCUUUCCUUGGAAACAAUACUUCGUGUCCUCUUCUCAUAACACCUAUCUCUUGUCUUGGCAAGUGCUCGGCCGAGCCUCCGCUGCCUCAUACACGCAUGUUAUCUCCGAACACGGUCGUUGUGUCGAAAUCGAUGUUUGGUGGUCAUCUGCCAAUGGCGCUAUUGUCACACAUGGACAUACAUUAAGCAAGAGCGUGUCAUUCAAGAGCGUAUGUGUUGCCAUCGGAGACGUAGUACGGGAAGGUGACUGGCCUCUCCUGGUGAGCCUGGAAUGUCAUGUGCCAGUAGCAAAUCAAGGGGAGUUGGUAGAUAUCAUGCAAGCUGCCUGGGGAGAGAAGUUAGUCCAAAAAGAGAGGGAAGAUCUGGAUGAUGAUACUAUCUCUCCUAAAGACCUGAGAGGGAAAAUAAUUCUUAUGGUAGAAUACUACCACGACGUAUCGGGCAUAGAAGAGCUUCAAGAAUCGCCGCGCGAUGACUUGUGUGAGGAGCCAUAUGAUGAAAUUGACAAUGACCUUAUCGUUGAAAAGAGUGAAAGCGGGCGUUCUAAAAUUGCGGAUUCUCUUGCCGCGCUUGGCUUCUACGCUCGCAGUAUGAAACCAGCCAAAGGCUGGGUAGUUGAGCAUUUUCCCAGCCCUCCUUUCCCCCGGAAUAUCCUCAUCAACAUCAGCGAGCCAUCUUUGUUAUCGUUGAUACCUAACUCUUUCACACAUCUCAUCGAGCACGCCCGAUAUCAUUUCCGUCGCAUUUACCCGCGUGGAAUUCGUCUCAGCUCGAGUAACUUCGAUCCACUUAAGUUUUGGCGUAAUGGGUCGCAGAUUGCUUGCCUCAACUGGCAGCAUUUUGACAGGGGGAUGCAAAUAAAUGAAGCUAUGUUCGUUGGCACUGAAGGUUGGGUGCUAAAGCCCGCUCCGCUACUGGGCAUGGGAGAGCAUAUGAACUCGCGAUUGAAAUUGACCGUGGAGAUUAUAGGAGUUAGCUCCUUGUCGCCACCAAAUGGCCAUCAUGAUUUUACAGCGUAUGUUCAAGCACAGCUAUUCCAUUCUGCAGGAGAUCAGGAAUGGCGCUCCGAACACGUAAAGUGCAAAGAUGUUUCGGAUGCUGGAGCUGAUGUAAUGUUUAAUGGACGGUUUGAGUGGGAGUUUGAAUCUGACGAUAUGGCCUUUAUCAGGCUUCUCGUGUUUCGGCACGAGUUUAUACGAUCGGAGAGGCUCGCCGUAUUUUGUGCUCGCGUAAUUCAUCUGCAGCAAGGAUGGAAAUUUAUCAGGCUAUUGAACAUGAAAGGAAAAAACAACGGUGCCACCGUUUUGGUAAGAUUUGCGAUCUCCGUGGUAGAUUAGGAAUCGAAAACCAAACUCCUCAGACUCAGAUUACAUUUAUAGCAUACUCAAAAAUACUGAUAACACUAGAGUGGGCAUGUAUUGUAAGAACGAGAUAACUAUUGCGCAAUUGGGUAUCACUAGGACUGGGUUCUUGCAGUUAUCAGGAUUGGAUAUUACUUGAUUUCAGCAAGGCUCCCUCCCGCUGCCCUCUCUACACCUUUUAGCAUCGCUAUUAGUUUUUUCUCAGCACUGUCGUUUCCGCCCCUAUCUCGUCCUCGUCCACGAGCGGGGCCGGCAUUUUCAUCUUCAUCAUCUUCGUCGUCAUCGCCUCUCGUACGCUCGACCAUAAACUCUGCAACAAAGUUUGCGACAGCCUUUUCUCCGAUUUCACUAUGUGCACGGUUACCCCAACGCCACUCCCAGGUACCUUCUUCCAUGGAUGCCUGAGUCGUUACAGGAGCUCUGCCGCGUUUCCCCCCAACAGGCCCUCUAUUAUCGUCGAGGCGGAUGUGAUCCAGAUAACCCUGACGAACAAGUUGACUCAGAUAGGUAUCAACGGGAAGGCACUUGUGCGUCGAUUGACUGCUCAUUUCAACGGUGCCGGAUUGCGGUAGUCGUAGUCGUUUGAGGUUUCCUCGAAGAUCCAUAUCGUUCAUGGAUCUCCCAUUAACAAGGACGAGAGCAAGCACAACGUGCAGUACGCCCAGAGCACCUAGUUGAUCUGCAGUGCUCCAAGAAAUGAUACUCCCGUACCUUACGGCUAUUUCAUCAUCUUCGACAUCACCGACAUCAUCUUGUUCUGCAUUGUAUAUUAGAUCAUCCGUCAAAGCGGCAUGCUCUAUAAUAACAGGGUCAAGCGUGGAACGCAGAAUGUAGGUUUUGGAGCCUGCAGCAGCGCUUUUUUCUUUACUCCGGUGGCAUUGCGAGCUUCCUGAAGAUCGGUAACUGCGACAUUAUCUUGUUCACGGUAGCUACGCGAUUGUAACUCAACGAGUUCCAUA